AGGGCUUAAGGGCUUAAUCUCUAUACCAAAAAAUAUCUCAGCCAACAUGAAGUUAUCGGUAUUCUUUAUUAUCUGCAUUGUGAGCAUAUUCAGCAUAUCAGCGAAGACUCCAGUUCAAUUCUUCUGUGGCAGACGUUUAGCUGACACUUUAGCUCUGUUUUGCCCAAGUACACGUGACACGACCAAGAGAUCAGAAGAAUUAUACAAGCGGAGUUACUAUCAUAGAGGAAAUGAUGUGCUUCCUGUUAGAGAUGAAGAUUUGUUCGGUGAGUUGCAGUUGGGAGGGAAUAAUUAUGCUUCCAGGGACAAUUGGGUAUGGAAUAGUGCUCUGCAGAGUUCCCGUAUAAAGAGAGGUGUUGUAUCCGAAUGCUGUGACAACCCCUGCAGUCUCGAUGAACUACUGACUUACUGUUAAAAAAUCAAUUCAUUGUCAUUUAAUCUUUACGUACUUAAACUUACAUAAACAUCUUAAUUUAUAGUAUAGUUGCAUUUGAAAUUUCUUGUAUUUUAUUUACCUUGUAAUAAGAGUGAAUCUGUCAAAAAAUGUAAUUUGUUUAAACAAAUUUUAAUAUGUGUACUUUAAAUGUAUAUUAAUACGAGACAAAGAAUUGCUACUUAUCAGAAAAGAAUAACCAAUCAUCUUAGUUCCUAUGUUUGUAAUAUUUAAAUUAUAAAUAAAAUUUAAGAUAAUAAACUUGUCACGAGAAUACCUUAAAUGUAAUUGUUUUAUUAAUACAUUAUACAUUUACAAAUAAAAUAAGUUUUCACUUAAUAAUAUCACAGAUACUGAUUAUGAAUUAUAAUUUGCUAAAACCAAAAAUUUUGCAUGGAAGUUAACGAGCACUAAUCAGAUAAAUAGUAUUAUUAAUAAUAAUAAUAAUUCCUUUAUUUUUUGUACAAACACCAGUAACAUAAAUAUUUGAGGCCCUGACUUCUAAGUUAGUGUCUCCCCAAUGACAUUUCAAUAUUUAGAUAGGUACUAAGUAUAAACAAGUUGGAAUGUUAUAAGGAAUGUAAAUAUAUAUAUAUAUAUGGUUACAAACUUUCGUGCAUACUAUGUGUGUGUUUUCGUGAAAAUUAAAUUACUUUAAACUGUUAUAUA